UCUCUCAUCUCUCACCCUAUUCCCUAUCCCCCCUCCCUGCUCUACUCCGAGAGACCUCCCCUCACCGCUCUCCCUAGCUGAGCAGUCGUACAGACGGAAGACUGUCGCUCCGGUGCUGGGUAUCGAAAGAGCAUGUUCGUGUGGAUCAGAUUUGGCGAAGUGGAGAGUCCAGAGAAGCGUUGUUUCUGUAUCGACGUAACUUGCGACAACCUUCUGGACGCUGUCAAGCAAACAGUGGAGCAGGAGACGGUCGGGGCGAUGAAAAGACGAGAGGUCGAACUCGUGCUCAAACUUCGGGAAGCUGUGCUCGAGGAGCAGCAGCUGGCGGCCAAAGCUGCGAGAUUCGAUUCUCUGCGGCAACCGACGCCACCAGACAUAUCGUCGGCUCUCGAAUUGGCACGGUUCCAGAAAACAUCAACGGAGGGGAAAUUAACUGCCCUACAGGCCAGUCUGGUGAACUUCAAAGGCCUCGGGCACAUUACGGUCGACCUCAUGGAUCCAUCCACAGCUGCGCUGCAGAAACUCGCGUCACAUCCUAGGAAAAAGGCCGUGGGACUUUUGCGAGCAGGAAAUACAUACGAGGCCGCCCGACUAGAUAAGAACUCCACUGGAGGUUUCACAUCUACACCGCUCGUGUUUUCGCUGUCUUCGCCGGUGACAUCGCACCCGGCACCAGCAUGAGCAAAUAAACACUGGGUCGAUAUCUUCACGCAACACACAAGGUACCACCGUGUUUGGUGACGGAUGAGUCGCGACCUCAUGGAUGGAUGCUUUCUUUCGGACAUCAACGCUUUGAAGACUGGCGACAACAGGAGAUGGGAUGAGGUAGAAUGAAAUAGGCUAAAUCGGCUACUGCAGUGCGUAAAGAUUGGCCAACCGUGGCACAGCUUGCCGCAACACUGCGAAGUAGCGCUAGCACUGUGUGCCAAAGGGUUUCAGGGCGCAAGGUCCAACUACCGCGGCGGUACCUUGCUGAAGCUGGUGCUGAAAGUACCCCCAUCGUCGUGCGCAAAUCGAAGCCUUUGUUUCAUGUCGAAUCUGGCGUGUUCGGGUCCACGGCGCGGUGUUCACCAGAUGCAGAUCAGAAGAGAUCUCAAUGAUACUUUUCGCAGAAGCGUGUCGUGACUUUGAAGCGCCGUGUUUCUCCGUCAAUUUUGGGCAUGAACUAAGCGACUCAACAACUCCGCCAAAAACCUCAAGCAGCAUACGCACUCACCAACGCCGC